AUGGAUUAUACUUCUGUAAACGAGGAAAAGGGGUGUGAGCGGCCCUUCAAGUGUCCGCUGUGUGAAAAAGCGUUCAAUCAGAAAAGUGCUCUGCAGGUGCACAGGGUCAAGCACACAGGCGAGAAGCCCUACAGAUGUGAAGUGUGCACUAUUAGCUUCACUCAAAAGAGCAACAUGAAGCUGCAUAUGAAGAGAUCUCACGGUUAUCUUCCGUCCUCUAACAAACUGAUUGCAAAACCACAGGAAGUAGAAGUGGUGUUGGAACACGAUUCUGAGUCAGAUUCCCAGCAAGCACCGUCGCAGGAAGCCAAAGAGACUCAGUCAGGGCUGGAUCUGGUGGAGGUGGUGCAGGAGUCUUCAGACGACUGGCAGUGCCCCAUCCCCACAGUCUUCCCAUAAGACACCUGACAGCAGCACACAUUCAGCUCGAUUUGACUUCUGUAACAUUUGCUUAAUUUUAUAUUCGCAAUGCCAAUUGCUAUCUUUUUAUUCUUGCCAGCAAGUGUGACUUACAUUGCACAAAUCACACAUUUAUUUAUGUGAAUGUACAUGAUUUUGUAUACUUCUUGUUACAUUAGAAAACCAGUCGAGACAGAACUUACUUUUGUGUUUGAAAGUUAAAUUUUUUAAAGGGUUUUUUUUUUUCAUUACUUUUUUUAUUUUGGAGCCAUAUUUGUCACUACUAAAGUAGAGAUUGUAACUGUGUAUCGGAAUGGACAUUCUGUAGUUUUCAGUUGUAUCCUUACCUGUGGUAAAAGUAAAACACCUAUUUAACACUGUCUGACAUUGUCAGUAUGUCAAAAGACUGCAUAAUUACAUGUAAUAUACUAGAGCUAUAGAACUGUUUAUUUGACUUAAUGCUUGAUAUAUCACAUAAAUCAGUUUUAUAGGAAUAAUCCGAUUUUGGCAAACGUUUUUGUAAUAUGCAAAAAUAUUUAAGAAUAAAUGUAGUUUUUUUUCGAUGUUUAUCCUUUC